AUGGGGUCCGUAUUCGACCAUGUGGAAUUUGUUGAUGUACUUGAUAGUAAAGACGAGACAAACUUGGCAUUACUUUCGAGACCUGAUCUAGGUGUAACCUUCACAAAGCUUCACUGCUGGAGAUUAACUCAAUAUACGAAAGCUGUUUUCAUGGAUGCCGACACUAUGGUAUUGAAAAAUAUUGAUGAUCUGUUUGAGCGCGAGGAACUAAGUGCUGCUCCAGAUCCAGGAUGGCCAGAUUGUUUUAAUUCUGGAGUUUUUGUUUUCAAACCCUCGUUGGAAACGUAUAAAAAGAUACUUCACUUUGCUGUCAGCUGUGGAAGCUUCGAUGGGGGUGACCAAGGUCUGCUAAAUAUCUUUUUCUCCGAAUGGGCAACCAAAGAUAUUCGUCUUCACUUGCCAUUCACUUACAAUGUCAUCAGUCAGGCCUUUUACUCCUAUCCACCUGCCUUCCUCCAUUUUCGUGAUAAAAUACGUGUUGUUCACUUUAUUGGGGCAGAUAAGCCUUGGCAUUGUGGGCUAGACAAAUUCGGAAAAGUUAUUGUUCAUGAUCUUACAAGUAUUGGAACUCCUGAAUUUCUGCAGCACUGGUGGGAUUUAUUCAUGGCCCACGUUCAUCCAAAAUUAACCCCUGGUGAGAGUGAUUUCGUGGGUAGAUUGGCUCAGAUAGAAAUAAGUCAACCUACCUCAAGUUUGACUCAAGCCAGUUACGAAUCUGAAAGACAACUGGCAUGGGAACGUGGACAAAUGGAUUAUAUGGGCUCUGAUUCAUUUGAAAAAAUACAAAGUCUACUAGAAUCCAAAAUUCAAAAAUAG